AUGCCACACGGACGCAGAAGGGCGCCUUCGCUCUCACUCGAAGCGCCGGCGCAUCACCACCACUCGCACCACUCGCGCCGGUCCGCCUCUCCCUCUUCGUCCCCUUCUCACUCGCCGGCGGGCUCUUCCGCCGCAACAGCAGCAGACGGGUCGUCCUACCCUUUGUCCGGGUCUGCUUCUUCGUCCGCCUCUUCAUCGAAACUCCGCCUCCAAGUCCUCGAUGUUUCGUCCUCCGCCGUCGCCCUAUCCGUUUUCACACCCAAGACCGCCUCGUCCUCGUCUCCUUCGCGGCGGAAACCUCCAUCCAUCUCGAUACAGCUCGAUCGGCGACCGUGGCCGCAUGUUGCGCAUGCUGGUACAGGGACGAGCGCGAAUGGAGUCGUGCAGUCGACGGGCGCGGCGGGCGAUGACGAAGCGGCCGGUGGAGCAGAGACGACGGUGAUUGUGUAUGGGCUCGAUCCGGCGAGGGAAUACGAGAUCAGCUUGGAGGUCGUCGAGGGAAGCGACGAGGAUUCUGCUCCGGGGUCAGGUGUUGGCUCGGCGGGUGCGACUGUCGAGAUUGAGACGGUGGGGACCGAAGGAAUCUCAUCUCGCCGCCCUUCGCUCGACAUGUCCUCUUCCGCCCUGCCAUCGAGCUCGAGCACGCUCGCCCCCGGUGUUGCAGAUCACGACUCGCCCUACCACCCCGACGACCCCUCCGCGAACCUGCCGGACGGCCCUCCGCCACCUUACUCUCCCUCCGCAAUGCCUCUCCCAGCUACUUCCGCCGAUUCUCUCGCUCCUUCCGCCACUUCUUCCUCCACUCCCGCCGACGACGCCUCCCGAACACCUUCCACCGUCUCUGGCUCGGUGAUCGACGAGCCCUCCCUCCGCGCCGCGCUCAAAACCCUCCGGGCCUCGUCCCGCCGCACCGAAGCAGCCCUCACUUCGUCCCUCUCCGCUCUGCGAAAAGCAGUCGACAAAGCCUCUAAGGAGGACCAGCGCGCACGAACGCGGAUCCAGAGUCUUGAGGAGGCGAUCCGCAAGGCGGAGGAGGGCGCGAGGAGGAUGAGGGAGGAGGAGAGGGAGGAUGUGGAGAGACGGGUUGGGGAGGUCGAAGAUGAGGAAAGGAGGGUCAGGGAAGAGCUGGAGGAGUGGAGGGAAGGGAAGAGGGAAGUUACGAGUUUGCCGGCCACGGCGGCAAAGGAGCUUGCGACGGGCGGGGAUGACCAGUCUUCGCCGGCGAACGAGGAUGCGCCAGCUUCUCAGCCUCAGCAGCAACAGUCGACGACCAACCUUGCCGACCUGGCGCGCGAGCUGGAUGCGCUCAACAAGGCCAUUGAGGCCACGGAGCGCGAGAGGGAGGAGAAGGCGCACGAGGUCGUCAAGGGCAUCGAGCGGGAAAUGCAGCUCGUCGAGGGCGAGCUGAUCCAACUCGACCGCGAGGAGGCCCACCGCUACCACCUUGCCGCACGCUACGGUGCCCCAGCAACCGCCAUCGAUCCCGCAACAGGUGCCGUCAUCCCGCUCCACGCCGUUCCCGUCGUCCCCGUCGUUCCGGUUCCUCCCGCCGGUGCAGGCUCAUCAGGAGCGAGUGGUGGCGGGUUCGGCGGUUUCUGGAGGGGACGACGAGCGGGCGCGGCGGCAAAUGCAGCGGCGGCGAAUCAAGCGCCGGGUGGAGCAUCGUCAGGUGCAGGCGGCCAGUUCGGUCGCUUCUUCCGACGUGGUGGGAGCGGGAGCAACGCGGCGAAUGCGCCGACUACGCCUUCGCCGGGCAGUACGGCCGUCUCGUCGCCUGGCUCGUCCUCCUCCAUCAACGUCACAACACUUCCCUCUUCAUCCUCCUCUUCCGACCUCUCGCUCAUCCCGCCUCAAAUCGGCCUGUCCUCCGCCCCCGCUGCUCCGCCCUCUGACCGCGCGCUCGCACAGCAACAAUUCGCCCAAGCGCACCAAGCACAGGCAUUGUGGGCGCAUGCGCAGGCUCAAGCGGGACGGUCGUACGCUUCUUCGAGCGGGGGAUACGGGAGUGCAGUGCGCGGCGGAGGAAGGAGCAGGGCGGGCUCGUUGACGCAGCCUGCACAGCCGUAUCACGGGUCGAGUCCGCUUGCGACACCGAGUGCGAGUCCGACCACGGCGCAUCGGGCGACGACGCCGGCGCUUGCGACGGGCGGCAGCGGCGAAGGCGACGAGGCAGCGGGUGUCAAGGUGUCUGGUGGGGCGGGUGCGAGCUGGAGUCAGGUGGUAGGAGGUGCGGUGAAGGGUGAGGGCGGGGAAGCGAGUGAGGCGGACGCAGCGAAGGCAGAGUAG